CUGACGCUGAAGGAGCAAAAUGCCAAGACCGAUGCUCUCACCAAAGAGAACUUCGACCUCAAGCUCAAGAUCCACUACCUGAGCGAGGCACUCCACAAGCACUCCGAGGAAGGCGUCGACGAGUUGAUAGCAACGAACGUCCAGCUUCAAACGGAUCUGGCAAACGAGCGCAAAGACGCCAACGCCCUGCGCAAGAAGCUCCGCGAGUAUGAGACUCGCUUCCGAGAGCUCGAGGAGGAGCUGGCAGACGCACGCCAAAAUACUACUGCCACCCCCAGUCGCGAUGACGACGAUAAUCCGACUCUGCAAGCCCAGAUGCACGAGGAGAUCCUCUACUUGCAUCAGAAGAAUGACCGCUUGGAGGAAACGGUCACGACGUUGAGGGAGGAGGUUAUGAGCAAGGAGCAGGAAAAGCGCAAGAUGGCAGAGCACAUGCGCGGAAUGGCAGGCAAGCGUGGCGAGGAGACCACUGGCUUGCGAGAGAUGGAGGAAAUGUGGCAGGACCUCCUGAAUGCAGAGACCGGACGACGCGAACAGGCAGAGGAGGAGAUCGCCAAGCUUCGCAAUGAAAUCACUGCACUACGUCUCGAGAAAGCAUCACCAGCGCCGACUCGGGUUGGCGACAAGCUGAAGGCGCCAAGGAGACGAAGCCGGAUGGACGAGCUCAACAGCGUUCACUCCGACAUUGAGGAUGACAUCGCCAGUGGCGUUAGAAUCGCCCUAGAUGAUCCCGUCGUGACAGAUCUCCGGCGAGAACUGGAGUUGCAGAAACACGAAGCCGAAGAAUUGCGACGCAAUCUUGCAGCGCAAACAAGCAUGUUGACAUCACGCAAUCGAGAGCGCGAAAUGCUUCAAACACAGGUCGAAGACCUCAAGCUUAUGACGCGAAAGAGCGAUGGCGGCGCUCGAUCACUGGCUGGGGAAAGCAUCUUUGAUCGGUCUGUCUCCAGGGCGCAUCAGCAUCCGCGGGCGCACUCGCGGAUGAGCGACCACACUGCCGUCACCGAAGCAGAACGCGAAGAAUGGCACAAGAAGGAGGGUGAGCUCCGCGACGUAAACGCAGAGCACCGGCUCAAAUAUCAGGAACUGGAGCGAAAACACAACACCUACCUCAACUACGUCGAAGUCCUUGAGCAAGACUAUCAGCAGAUGGAGGAGGAGUUGAACAGCUUCCAGGAUGAUGUUGUCACGAUUUCCAAAGAGCGUGACGAGCUUCUGAAAUUGAAUCAGGAGCAAGAGGCCGAGAUCGCCACCAUUAGGGAGGAGGCCCUCGACGAGAUUGCCGGCUUGGAGCAAGAGCGCGACAAACUCAACGGGAAACUCGAAGAGCUCAGAGACAAGCUGGACAGAACAUCGAUGCGAUUGCAGACGACUGUCGACGGCUACAAAGGCCUACAAGGCGAACUUCGCGAUCUCACCGCCCGCGUCAUUGACCUUGAAGAUGUCAAGGCCAUCAAUGAGCGCACUAUCGCCAAUCUGGAGAAACAGAUGACUGAGGCGGAAGAAGAAAUCACCAAGUGGGAUCAGAAGUGCAGCGAGCUAGAUCAGAAGAAUCGCAAGCUCGAGAUUGCCGAGGAGAGUCUCCAUUCUGAAAUAACCUUCCUGAGAGAAGAGCAGGAGGGUGAUAAGAUCAAGAUUGGAGAGCUCGAAGGCGCACUCAAUGCAGCCCACCAGACCAUCCAGGACGAGCAAGAGAAGUCUCGCGAGAUGGAAGAAACUAUGGAGGAAGAACGCCGACAGCGCGACGUCCUCGAAAACAAGUCCAAGGAAGAAGUCCAGAAAGUGCUGGACGACCUCAAUUCUGAGAAUACCAAAACAAAGGACGAGGUUCGCCGACUGCGCAGAGCACUAUCUGCCAAAGAAGUUGAGGCGACGAGCGAGAAGCAAAAGCUUGAUCAGCUCGAACAAAGCCUGCGCAGCGUUUUGGGUGACCCCAGAGGUACCAAGCAGAGUUUACUGGCCGACAUCGAGAAAUUGCAGCGUGAUCUGGACACGACUGCCAGCGAACUCGACAGAGCCAAGAUGGACCUUUCAGACAAGGAACGUCUACUCAGACACCGAGAUGGUCUGCUGGAGAGCACCAGCCUUGAGAGCAGAAGACUCUCCGACCUACUCGAGAAAGAGCGCAAUGGCCGCAAGCACGACCUUGAACAGUUCGAGAAGUCAUCGCGUGGCCAGGCGUCGCAUAUGCGCGCUAUUGCGCAGCACGAGUCCCGCUACAUGGAACUCGAAACAGUCCUCUUACAAGAGAGACGCAGCAAGACGGCGCUGGAGCAGAAAUAUCGCGACCAGUCUUACGAAAUGUGCAGCCUUUUGCUUGCGGUGUGGAACAGACUUUCCACCAUUUGUGGCGCCGAUUGGGCUCAGGAUAACAGCCUCAUCAACGGCGAGAUACCAUCUAUCGAAUCUAUUGGCCAGAACCUGCCAGCUUUCAAUAAAAAUAUGAUCAGUGCGAUCAAGACGUUGGAAGCACUGUUUGGCAGCUUCAAAACCCGCAUUCGAAGCAUCGAGAAGGAUCUCUGGAGAGACUACCAGACGCUCGAGCACAACCUCGAAAUGCGCGCCAGACGCAUGGACAAUCUCGAGCACGCACAAAGACCCGAGACACAGCGAUCGUCAAGCGGCAAACUCAUCAAGGGCUCCGAAGAAAUCUCCAAACUAAAGAGCGAAAUCAAGCUCCUUAAGACCGAGCUCAAGUUCCAUCGCCAGCACCCGUCCGCCAUGGCACAGCAGAUGCUCAACCAGCAAGCCCUGACGAACCCCGAGCUCAUGCGCGCAGGCAGCAGCAGUGGUUCCACUAAGAACGGACAGUCUCCAGCACGCCAAGUCAUGGCGCAUCUCCUCCGCCAUCACUCCGCCAGCGCCGUAGAACAGCUGCACUACGGCGCAGGCGACGAGAACGUUUCUCCCACCCGCUCGCCCCAACAAAUCGUGGUGGCUCCGCCACCGAUGGAGCCUUCGGAGGCGCGUUGGCUACAUCGUCUCAAGGAGUUGGAGCGCCGCUUAAAGGCCGAGAGAGAAGCGCGACUUUUGGAUAGGCAGGGUGCGCGGAGGAGAUUGGAGGAAGGGCGCGUGGAGAAUGAGUCUCUCCGCGCGGAAUUGGAGCGUGAGAGGCAGAGAUUUGAC